ACCAUGACAAAAUGUUUAAGAUGAGUGAAAAGAUCUUACUCCUGUGCGUUGGGGAGGCUGGAGACACUGUCCAGUUCGCAGAAUACAUCCAGAAAAAUGUUCAGCUCUACAAGAUGAGAAAUGGUUAUGAAUUGUCUCCUACUGCAGCUGCAAACUUCACACGACGAAACCUAGCUGACUAUCUUCGGAGUCGGACCCCUUACCACGUCAACCUUCUCCUGGCUGGCUACGAUGACCACGAAGGUCCUGCCCUUUACUACAUGGAUUACCUUGCGGCUCUGGCGAAAGCUCCUUUUGCAGCACAUGGAUAUGGUGCAUUCCUUACCCUCAGCAUCCUCGACCGCUAUUACAAACCGAGUAUCACACGUGAGGAAGCUGUGGAGCUCCUAAAAAAAUGUCUAGAGGAGCUUCAGAAACGCUUCAUCCUGAAUCUGGCUUCUUUCAAUGCCCGGUUCAUUGACAAAGAUGGCAUCCAUGAAGUGGACAAUAUACCCCUUCCAAAAGCCAUGUCCUAACCCCUGAGAUCUUUCUUCAGCAGUCGUCUUUUUUUGUUCACUUUCAUCUUUUUCUAUUCAUUUGAGGCACACAAGUCAUGUAGUGCACUGGGAGAUCGAAUAAAGAUUGACAUUUAUACAGCCGGUU